UUUACGAUCUGAUGACUAAACCGAACCGCCAGUCCCUCUGGAACCGCAUUAAAGAUGCAGCAUUCCCAAGCUGCAUCCUGUGGAUCCUCUUGUCUCUUACCACGAGGCAAAGUGACCCUCCCACCAACGACCUCUACGUUCCGAUCGGCGCAUGAUCCAAGACCCUACUGGUUGUCUCCCUCGCGCCACAAUCCGAGACUCGAAUCGCCCCCUAUAUAUUCUGGAGCAUCCGCCGAGUGGCUACCGCAUUUUUUUCUCCACGCUCGUAGAGAUCCGUUUGUCCCAUCCCUACGAACAACGAUGCGCAACUCACCCCAAGGCAACCAUCCAGGUAAUGGCACCCAGUCCCAGUACCACCGUCGCCAGCAACCCCAUCAUGGCUACCAGCACCAGCAGCAGAUCAGUGGGAUCAAGGACGAUUUCCGCAAUUACAUCAGCUCCUGCUACGAUCACAUUGCCCAUGCGAAGCGCACCGGUCUCAGCAUCAACUACGAGCUCGAAUUCCGCUUUGGCGAUCCGCUCUGCAGAGCCCACGCCUCUGGGGAAAGCGAUCAUCGCGUUGAGACCGGUGUGCGUCGGCACAUCUUCCUCCGGGCCCAGGAACGUCUGGCCGAUUACUUCCAUCGGACCGACGUUUUUAACGAUCGCUACACCAAGAACCACCUGCGCUAUCGGUUCGCCGUCUGCGGCGACGAGUACUUGCCGCUCGUCGUGAUCCACAAGCGCCAGGUUUCCUUCAAGUUGAUCCACGGGCUCGCCGUCAAGGCAGUACUCUCCGACGAGCAAGUCGUCAACAACGCCCCCUUCCCGAUCCAAGCCAACCAGAUCGAUUUCACCCGCGACAAGGUCGUCCACACCUACCUCCUCGGCGGAAACUGUAGGAGAUGGUAUCUCCGACGCUGUGCUGCGCGUACUGCGCGUACUGCGCGGCGCAGUGGGUCGUGACCUGUGCUGCGCUUUGCGUUUUCACGCACCGCAGGCAGGCCACCGCAGGGUAUACCUGCGGGUUGCCCCCGUUCCC